AUGCCGGAAGGGACGACUUACGGGUAUUGGGAUGCCGCUUAUGGUGUUAUGAAUGAAGCCGGUUUAUCGAUGGGUGAGAGCAGCUGCAGUGGACGUUUGAGUUCUGUUCCGAAGGGAGACGGCCCGAACGGUAGCGGCGCCUUGUUCUGGGUGGGUGAAUUGUCUGAUAUCGCCCUCGAGGUCUGCUCCACUGCUAGAUGUGCCAUACAGACAAUGGGUAAGCUCGCUGAGGAGCAUGGCUUCUACGGUUCUAUUGGCGUUAAAGAGGCUGGCGAGGCAUUAACAAUCGCCGAUGGUACCGAGGUAUGGGUAUUCCAUAUUCUACCUGAUGAUACCGCUGAAGGUGCAGUGUGGGCUGCUGAAAGAGUCCCCAAAGGCCAUGCUACCAUCGUCCCGAAUGUCUUUGUUAUUCGAGAGAUCGAUCCAAGUGAUGGUGACAACUUUAUGUUCUCUGACAACAUCUUCGAUAUCGCUUUGAAACUUGGUUGGUGGAAUGGUGAGGGUCUUCUGGACUUUACUGCCACGUAUAGUGUCAGCGAGUACAACAAUCCUUAUUACUCCGGUCGUCGUGUGUGGAGAGGUUUUUCCCUUUUCGCCCCUUCGCUGAAUCUCGAUCCAACUCUUGGUGUCGAAUGGGAUCAUCCAACCUAUCCCUUCUCAGUGGAGCCAGAUGUACCCGUUACCAUUGACUUUAUGAGGCGCUUCUACAGAGAUCACAUGGAGGGAACUGCGUAUGACCUCACUGAUCAUGUCGUUGCUGGUGGUCCCUUCAAGACUCCCAAUAGAUAUGCAG